AUGGUACUGCCAUCCCAGCUGCUGCCCCUGGACGAGCUGAGCUGCACCACCUGGAUGCAGGAGAUCCUGACGCUGAUGUUCAGCCUUGGGGACGCCCGCCCAGCCAAGACCAUUCCCAACUGGGAGCGGGCUCCCUGGCUGGAGCAGAUCUACUGCCGGGAGGCUCUGCGGGACACAGAGACCCCCCGGCUGCUCACCACCCACAUGCCCGCCCACGUCCUGGCCCCUGCCCUGCAGCGCAGCAAGGCCAAGGUGAUCUAUGUGGCCAGGAACCCCAAGGAUGUCGCUGUCUCCUUCUACCACUUCCACCGCCUAGCCAAGUUCCUGCCUGACCCUGGCUCCUUUGAUGCCUUCCUCACGCAGUUUCUCGAGGGCACAGUGCACUAUGGCUCCUGGUUUGACCACGUCAAGGGCUGGCUGGGCCAGCGGCACCUCCUGGACAUCCUCUACGUCACCUACGAGGAGCUGCACCAGGACCUGUGUGGCACAGCACAGCGCCUCAGCACCUUCCUGGGGUGCCCGCUGGCCCCGGGAACGCUGGCAGCCCUGGAGCAGCACUGCAGCUUUGCCGCCAUGCGGGACAACGCCAUGGCCAACUACUCCCUCAUCCCCCCCGAGAUCAUGGACCACAGCCAGGGCCGCUUCAUGCGCAAAGGUGUGGUCGGGGACUGGCGCGACCACUUCUCUCCCCAGCAAAAUGCCCUCUUUAACCAGCGCUACCAGGAGGAGAUGGGGGAUGUGGAGCUGCCUACGCAGUGGCCCAUGGCCUGAGGGACCUGGGUGGACACUCACCCCAACCUGCUGAGAAUCAUUGCAGCAGGAGCACUCUGCAUAGGCACCCCUUGGCACCCCACAACACACUCCCAGAUGUCACCUGGGGCAAGGGGUUCCCCGGGACUGGGGGACAUGGCACUGUGCCACCUCCCUGGGGAUGGGGGACUUUUCCAGCUGUGCACUGUGGCUCUCCCUGUGGCCUCACUCCCCCCAGGCAGGGGCACAUGGCCGUGACCCCUCUUUCCGCCUAUCCUGCCCUGCGGAAAUAAAUAUUUAUUGCUGUUCCCAGGCA